AUGUCGUUUAGAGGAAUUUAUAUUUUUGUGUAUUCAAUUAUUCGAGGAUUUGAUUGUAUAGAAAAUUACACCUUCAAAAUUAAUGAUCCGUAUCAUGAAGAACUGAUUACUUUUACAACAACAACAACAACAACAGCAGCAGCAACAACAACAACAACACAACAACAACAACAACAACAACAACAACAACAACAGCAACGACAACAGCAACAGCAACAACAACAGCAGCAACAACAACAACAGCAGCAACACAACAGCAACAACAACAACAGCAACAACAACGACAGCACAACAACAACACAACAGCAGCAACAACAACAACAAAAUUUCUUCAUACUGUUACCACCUGGACAAAUUCUUCGUUUCAAGCAUUUAUGCUGUUUGGGUCAUAAUUCUAGUUGUAUCACAGCAGAUGAUACAAUUGCUAAACUACCUAUAAAAUUUCAUCAUCAUCAUCAUCAUCAACGGUUAAAGAAGGAACAAAGGAAUAAAUGGCAAGAUCCUAUUUUCGAUACUAGAAAAAUGAAACGAAAUGAUAAAUUGAUGUUACGAAAUUUGAUUCAAUUAGAUGAUCGUAUGAAAGUUGAAGCGGUCAAUAAUCAUGGUAAUAAUUUACCUCAGGAUUAUUUAAAUAAACCUGAAAAACAAUCUCAAACAAUAAAUCAUCAGCCUAUAUUACCAUUUCUUCGUUAUGAACUCAUUUUCGGUCAACCAUUUUAUUCAAAAGAACAGCAACCGGAGACAACACAAUAUCAUCAACGUCACAAACUUAUACGAUAUUCAUUAUUAAAUCAACAUAUGCCAUUAACAAUAAAGAAUUCGCGGGGUAUCGAAUGGUCAAAUGAUGCAACAAAAUUAGCACUUCUGGAAAAUACCGUUGUUUCCGAUCAUUUAUGCUAUUGUGAUGAGAAAUGUGUAAUAUUUCAGGAUUGUUGCAUCGAUUAUUCAUUUACUUGUCCACCAUCUGAUUGUAUUGUUAGCAAAUGGUCAACUUGGUCAAAUUGUAUUCCGGAUCAAGGUAAUUGUAAAGCUGGUGUACAAACUCGAAGACGUAUCAUUGAUAGAGAACCGAAGCAUGGUGGAAUGGAAUGUCCAUCAUUGAUCGAAAAAAUGAGUUGCUACAAAGAAUGUCCACAAAAUAGUAAACGAAAUUAUCAACCAAGAAUUACACCUGUAGCACUUAUCCUGGAUUAUUCAUACAACAAAACACGAGAGAAAUUCAAUGCUGACGAUAUUCAGAAGAAUACAAUUGAUAAGAGAAACAAAUUACUUUACUAUUGUGGAAUUUAUGAAUUGGGUUGGGUAAAUUCGAAUUGCAUUGAUAAGAAAAUUGCUAUCAAACUUUAUACGGGCAAUAACAUCUGUGUGGAAUGUCAACCAGAAGCGCAAUUGCAUAGCAAUAAUAAUACAUGCACAUCUGAUGUAAAUGAUGGAGAAGAUGGAUUCUGGAAAUUAAUCGGACCAAAAUCAUGCAAUGGUAUCUGGAAACGAUUAUUCAGAGUGGAUAAUUGCCGUUGUGAAAUAGAUUUUUCGAAGCAUGAUGCAUUUUUAUUUGUUUAA